GUUGCUGACGCGAGAGGAACGGGUCGCGUUCUUCAAGGACGUCCUGCCGGAGAUGGUGCGACUGGUGCUGGAAAUGCCGCAAAUGUUUGCUACUCCGCCGCCACUAUUGACGCCUCUGGAGACAGACAAACAGGUGGAAGGCAAAGCUCCACGUACUGCUAACAGGACUCGAGUGGAGACGCAGACGCAUCGGUUUACGAAGCUGGAGGUGCUGACACUCGUGUGUAGCUGCUUCUUCGGCAUUUCUCCUGACCAAGACAUCGUCCAAUGCGUCCAACUCGAUGGCAGUCCGCAGAGCAAGAAAGCGGCACGCCGCGACAGUGAAGACGACGUCAUCCAGUUCCCCUACUUCACAGCAGUUCGCAUGUUCUCAGCUCCUGGGAAUAUGGGCCGAGUGGUUGUGCUGAAGGCGCAGAAGAUCCGCUGUCUCUUGCAAUACUUUUUGUGUGUGGUGCCACGUGCCAUCUCCGAGCGUCCAGCGUUAUCGACCGAGGUGAUCGACUUUACUCGUGUUGGCGUCCACGUCCCACUUGCCCAAGGUCGACUCAGUGCUGAGCGAACAACUCAAGAACUGCUCACGAUAUUGUCGACUAGUGAGAGUAAUACUGGUGCUACCGCGCAGAUAUGUCCCCCUCACUUACACGCUGCUCGAUGCGUCUCGGACACGUUGAUCGAAGAUCUGGACAGUCAUCUGCAGGUUGAUUUUGCCAACAAAUUCGCCGGCGGAGGCGUGCUCAACUCUGGGUGCGUCCAAGAGGAAAUUCGCUUCCUGCUGUCUCCCGAGUUGCUUGUCUCGUGUCUCGUGUUCGCCAAACUGGAACCUCACGAAGCGUUCGUGAUCCAUGGGACGGAGCGCUACUGUGCGUACCAAGGAUACGGCGGUUCGUUUGUCUACGGGGGGAACUUCACGGACGCGACACCUUCAGUAACUUUACCCGACGGCACCGUACGACGGCAAUGCGUUAUCACUGGAAUUGACGCAACAGACUAUGGAUCGGCGCGGGUGGAACGACAGUACUCGCGUGCUCACGUCUGGCGCGACCUAGUCAAGGCGUACGCGGGCUUUGCCUACCCGGACGCACAGGAUGACCAGCGUUGUUGGCCUGUUGCCACUGGCAAUUGGGGCUGCGGGGUCUUCCAGGGCGACAGAGAACUCAAGUUUCUGAUCCAGUGGCUGGCAGCCUCUCUCCGUCAACGAGAACUGGUCUACGUGCUGUUCGACCGCGAUCUGGAUCUGCAAGCGAAGGUGAAGCCGUUGCUGGCGCUUGUUGCCAGUCCGAAGGCGCGUGACUGGGAUCGUCAGAGUGGCGGGAUGACGCAAUGGCUGGCGGGGUUUCUCUUGAGUGAGCUGAGUGCAGGUUGCGCCACGCGAGGGGUGCAAAACGUGUUGACUCGAGCCUCGCGCUCGCUGGAACAAGCGUUGGCCUCGCUUCAGUUGCCGCUGAACAGGCCACAGGAGACCGAGAGCGAGGCGAACCAACAGGCGCAAACAUCGCCAGUGACGCUGAGCUCGAAACAGGAACCUUCGGCCACUCCUCGACGUGAAGCUGACGAAAACUCGAAGAAAAGGUCCAAAACGAUGCACCAGAUGACCAUGCAGGACUUCUUUACACCCAAGCAAUAAAACAAAAAUCAACAGACAAACUAAUUGAGAAAGAA